AUGGAUCCACUAAACCUCUCCUGGUACAAUGGUGACAUCGGCAACAGGAACUGGAGCAAGCCACUCAACGAGUCCGAUGCAGACCAGAAGCCUCAGUACAACUACUAUGCCAUGUUGCUCACCCUCCUCAUCUUUGUUAUAGUUUUUGGCAAUGUGCUGGUGUGUAUGGCUGUGUCCAGGGAAAAAGCCCUUCAGACUACCACUAAUUACCUGAUCGUCAGUCUGGCAGUGGCAGAUCUCUUGCUAGCAACUCUGGUCAUGCCUUGGGUGGUCUAUCUGGAGGUUGUUGGUGAGUGGAGGUUCAGUCGGAUUCACUGUGAUAUCUUCGUAACCCUUGAUGUUAUGAUGUGUACUGCCAGUAUCCUCAAUCUCUGUGCCAUCAGCAUUGACAGGUACACAGCAGUAGCAAUGCCAAUGCUGUACAAUACCCGCUACAGCUCAAAGCGCAGGGUCACCAUCAUGAUUGCUGUGGUCUGGGUGCUUUCAUUUGCCAUCUCCUGCCCACUCCUGUUUGGCCUCAAUAACACAGAUGAGAAUGAGUGUAUCAUUGCCAAUCCUGCCUUUGUUGUGUAUUCCUCUAUCGUCUCCUUCUAUGUUCCCUUCAUUGUCACCCUGCUGGUGUACGUACAGAUUUACAUAGUGCUCCGGAAGCGCAGGAAGCGCGUCAACACCAAGCGCAGCACCCACGCCCUGGAUUCUGACACACAGGCCCCGCUGAAGGACAAAUGCACUCAUCCAGAAGAUGUGAAGCUCUGCACAGUUAUUGUGAAGUCCAAUGGGAGUUUCCAAGUUAAUAAACGCAAAGUGAUUCUUGUCCAGGAGGCAGAGAGUCACAUAGAGGAGAUGGAAAUGGAGAUGGUGUCCAGUACCAGUCCUCCUGAGAAGACCACUUUCAAACCAGGUGCACGAAGCAACCAUCAGCUGAUUGUGCCAGUUGCUUCCAAUCAGUGCACCAAUUCAACCCUUCAGGCAACCUUGGACAGCCCUGUGAAAGUCGAGAAGAAUGGACAUGCCAAAGAAACCCUCCAAACAGCCAAGGUCUUUGAGAUCCAGUCUAUGCCCAAUGGAAAGACAAGGACCUCUCUCAAGACUGUGAGCAGGAGGAAACUGUCACAACAGAAGGAAAAGAAAGCCACUCAGAUGCUAGCCAUUGUACUUGGUGUUUUCAUCAUCUGCUGGCUCCCAUUCUUCAUCACUCACAUCCUGAACAUGCACUGCGAUUGCAACAUCCCCCCAGCAAUGUAUAGCGCCUUUACGUGGCUUGGAUAUGUCAAUAGUGCUGUCAACCCAAUUAUUUACACUACCUUCAACAUUGAAUUUCGUAAGGCUUUCAUGAAGAUCCUCCACUGCUAA